AUGCGUGUACUCAUCAUAGGAGGCGGUAUUGGAGGACUUACGCUUGCACAAGGCCUGCUUAAAGCCGGGAUAGAGGUUAAAGUUGUCGAGCGGCAGCCACUGCGUAGAGUCUUGGCAGAGAAGGAUGAUGCUGUUCUAAGUGAGAAACCAGCACUGGAAGUUGAACGAAGCGCUGUGGGCAGGAUAGAGCUUCGCGAUGCUCUGUUGGAAGGCUUGUCCAAUCCUUCAUCCGAGACUAUCCAAUGGGGUCGGACAUUCACAGAAUACUCACAGCUCGAAGAUGGGCGAGUACGUGCGUACUUCUCGGACGGCUCACAUGAGGAUUGCGACCUUCUUGUCGGUGCUGACGGACCCAAUUCAAAAGUUCGUCAACAGUAUAUGCCAAACCUGAAUCGCCUGGAUCUUGGGAUCCAGGCUAUCGCCGGUCGCUACAUUCUGGACGGCGAGAAGAUGUUGAAAUUACCGACGGAGCUUACCAACGGCUCGCUGAACAACAUUGUGCCAUCCGGGAAAGGGUGGAUGUUCAUUUCCUCCUGGGGAUCAACACAGGCAGACUCAAAAGAUCAACACUAUGUGCUGUGGGCGUAUGUCGUGCCAGUGGAUCGUGUCGUACGGACAAAUGAAGAAACUGACCUCAAAGACAAUGUUCUUCGUAACAUCAGUCAAUGGGCGCCAGAGUUGAAUGAGUUGGUCAAUGGGACAGAUCCAUCGACAAUCAAAUGCCUACCAAUUCGCACGAUGCCUAGCCUUGCCCCAUGGGAGCCAGGCAACGUCACGCUAAUCGGUGAUGCCAUCCAUAACAUGACCCCCAUGGCUGGUAUAGGAGCAAACACCGCUCUCCGAGAUGCCGAGGUUCUGACGCGAUACCUGAUUGAUGUCGCGGCUGGAAGACUUCGUCUAACCGAGGCUGUAGGGAUUUAUGAAUCUACAAUGAGAAUAUAUGCGAAUGAAGCGCUCAAGUUGUCGACGCGCAACGCAACUAAUGCUUGUGAGGGAGGAAUGGCGCAGCGUUUCUUGUUCCGCAAUUUUCUUCGAGCUGCUCAUUCUUUUCCGGUCAUCAUGCGAGCUACUCUCGGACGUCAAGUCGCAUAG